AUGACAGCCAUCCUGGAGCGGAUCAGCACGCUGUCCCUCAGCGGGCAGCACCUCAGCCGUCUCCCCAGGCUGCUGGAGGAUGGCUUCCCCAAGAUGCCUUGCACGGUCAAAGAGUGCGAGGUGCCGCAGCUCUUCCGUGAGCCGUACAUCCACGCCGGCUACCGCCCCACCGGCCAGGACUGGCGGUACUACUUCCUGAGCCUCUUCCAGAAGCACAACGAGGUGGUCAACGUAUGGACUCAUCUCCUGGCGGCGCUGGCCGUGCUGCUGAGAUUCAAGACGUUUGUGGAGGCUGAGCAGUUACCCGUGGACGCGUGGUCCUUGCCUUUGCUCAUCUUUGUCCUCUCCUCUGUCACCUACCUGACCUGCAGCCUCUUGGCCCACCUCCUGCAGUCCAAAUCGGAGCUGUACCACUACACCUUCUACUUCGUGGACUACGUUGGAGUCAGCAUCUACCAGUACGGUAGCGCCCUGGCUCAUUUCUACUACAGCUCCGACCAAGCCUGGUACGACAAGUUCUGGCUGUUCUUCCUGCCGGCAGCUGCUUUCUGUGGCUGGCUGUCUUGUGCUGGCUGCUGCUACGCAAAAUACCGGUACCGCCGGCCUUACCCCGUCAUGAGGAAGAUGUGCCAGGUGAUCCCAGCCGGGCUGGCGUUCAUCUUGGAUAUCAGUCCCGUCGCUCACCGGGUGGCUGUGUGUCACCUGGGGGGCUGUGAGGAAGAUGCUGCUUGGUACCACACGUACCAGAUACUGUUUUUCCUUAUCAGUGCUUAUUUCUUCUCCUGCCCCGUUCCCGAGAAGUACUUCCCUGGCUCCUGCGAUAUUGUUGGCCAUGCCCACCAGAUCUUCCACGCCUUCCUGGCGAUCUGCACCCUCUCACAGCUGGAGGCCAUUCUCUUGGAUUACAAGAACAGGCAAGAGAUUUUCCUGAAGAGACAUGGGCCUUUCUCCGUCUAUCUCUCCUGCAUCUCUUUUUUUGGCCUGGUGGCUUGUAGUGCCAUCACAGCUUACGUCCUGCGAUGCAGGAUCAAGGCCAGCCUGGCUAAAAAGGACUGCUGAGAGCCAGAAUGUGACGAGCAUGACAUCACUGGGGUGGUGAAAAUCAAGAAAAGGGGCAUAACACAAUAGAGACAUAACUGUCUUAUUCGCCUAACACGCUGUGACUAACUGGGACCCUGGACUCAGACGGAGGGCUGGAGACUUCACGCUGGAUGCAUUUUCACAGCAGGGACUGCCUUUUGCCCUCCGGGGGGACAUGGAGUGUUUUAAGCCCGAACAAGUCACUUAACCAAGGACGCUGGAAUAGGCAGAGGUUUCUUGUUCAUUCUGGUAAAC